CCAAUCGUAACCACGCGACGACAAGCUCCUGCCAAUGCUGAGGCGCUUUACUGGCUUGUGCGGUUGCUAUGGCUUGCAGAGUCCAUUUCCUUUAGUUUAAACUAGAGUGUCAGACACAGGGAGGCGAGCAGCUGGGGGAUCCAUAGCAACGGGCAAUAAUCAUGAGUUACUACAGCAUCAGACCCUCCAGUUCUGCAAGUUUCUCCUCUACCUCAACCUCAGCUACAAGUGUUCUUGAUGAUGAAAAUUCCAGCAUCCGACAGCAGAAACUGGAUAAGCAGCGUGCUCUCCUGGAGCAGAAGCAGCGGCGGAAGCGGCAGGAGCCCUUGAUGGUGCAGCCGAACCCCGAGGCCAAGCCGCGGCGCUCCAAGCCCAGGAGGAGUGAGGAGCAGGCCCCGCUGGUGGAGUCCCGGCUCAGCAUCACCAGUGACGUCAUCCUGGACGGUAUCGAUGGCCCGGCUGCAUUUUUGACAGCAGAAGUUCCAGAUCUUGGCACCAAAGUUGAGAUCCUGUCUGUGAGCCAGUCUCCACCCAGCGAGGAUGGUGACGGAGAUGGUGACAGAGAGACCCUCCUCAAACCCUCGUCCAAAGCAGAUAUACAGGACAUCAUGCAGAAGAGAGCUGAGAAACCCAGAGAGAAGGUGAUAAGUUCGGGGGCCGAGACAGGGUGUGACGCAGUGGAGAAAGGGUCCCUAGAUGAGAUCCCUGUGGAGCCACUGCCACCCCCCAUGUCAGCCCGUGAGAAACUGAUACAAUCAGGGAUCUCUGGCAGCCUGAACUUUGAUGAAGAAGACAGUGAUGAUGAAGAAAAGAGUGCCAGAUCCCAGUCUCCACACUCUGAGAAACCCCGACCUGCCUCCACCAGCAGCGUAAAUUCCAGCACCGACCGAGCUGCCCCUACUUCCCCCCAGGCAGAUGGCCCAUCCAUCGAGGUGGAGAAUCUGGAGGAGUUCUCGCUGCGGCCCGCCCCGCGCAGCAUCACCAUCAAGUGCCGAAUCACACGGGACAAAAAGGGCAUGGAUAGGGGGCUCUACCCCACCUACUUCAUGCACCUGGAGAAGGAUGAUGGCAGAAAGGUGUUUUUACUUGCAGGCAGGAAGAGGAAGAAGAGCAAAACAUCUAAUUACCUUAUUUCUGUCGACCCCACAGACCUCUCUAGGGAAGGGGAGAGUUUUGUUGGCAAGCUAAGGUCUAACCUGAUGGGGACGAAGUUUACUGUGUAUGACAACGGGACAAACCCAACCAAGGCACAGGGCCUGCUGGAGGACAGUAACACACGUCAGGAGCUGGCUGCCAUCUGCUAUGAGACCAAUGUCCUGGGUUUUAAGGGUCCGAGGAAGAUGACAGUGGUAGUCCCAGGGAUGAACAUGAAUCAUGAGAGGGUGCCAGUGCGACCCAGGAAUGAUCACGAGAGCUUGCUGACUAAGUGGCAGAACCGGUCCAUGGAUAACCUGAUUGAGCUGCACAACAAGGCGCCCGUAUGGAACGACGACACACAGUCCUACGUACUCAACUUCCACGGCAGGGUCACGCAGGCCUCCGUGAAGAACUUUCAGAUCGUCCACGAGAAUGACCCGGACUACAUUGUGAUGCAGUUUGGAAGAGUAGCAGAAGAUGUCUUCACUCUGGAUUAUAACUACCCCAUGUGCGCCUUGCAGGCCUUCGCCAUUGGACUCUCCAGCUUUGACAGCAAGCUCGCCUGCGAGUGAGGGGCAGACUCGACACUAACCUACCUUGGACUGGUUUGUUUAGGUUUUUUUAAACGCUGGGAAACCCUAUUUAUUCAGCAACGGUGUACUUUAUCGCAAUCGUGUGAACUUGACGUAUAAUGAAAUCAUGCAGAGGCCGAGAAAUUGCAACAAGCAGAAAAAAAAACCAAAAACAUGGGCGACUGUAAAUCAUGAAGCAUUUAUUCUAUUUUUUAUGUUAUUGUUACUGUUUGUUUGUUUGUUAUAGUUGUGUUGGAUCACAUCCCUGUUUACCAUCCCCAAAGCUAUGUCCUACAUUUCUAUACCUGUACUGCAAUUUUAUGUUAUGGUAGGCAGACAGUAAGUAAGCUGGACUUCUGACAGGGACACACAGGGAGUGACAAAAAAAAAAAAAAAGACUGUACUGUUGGAUCCAGGACAGCCUUCAUUCAAGUGCAAUACACUUAAAAAAAAUGCUAGAGGGGGUACUUGGUACAACACAUGCAGUGGGCUCCAAACAUACAGUACAGCUCUCCAAUUAGAUAGUGAAUAGGGUAUGCCAUGGCAAUGAUAAUGAUAUUUAACCUGAAAUUUUCUGCCAUUCCAAAACUUGGAAAAACUGUUGAAUAUUAUUAUUUCAGAAUAUUGCUGGAAACUCAUCAUGGAAACCGCUUUUAUGUAAAUCAUCACUCAUAUUAUUGGUAAUUAUAAUUAGGGCUUCUGAUUUUAACCAAUAAAAACUGAUAAACUCAAUUACUCUAUUCACGUUGACUCCACCCCUUUCCCAUUUAAAAAAACCUACUACAAAAAAAUUUAAAACAAACUACCUUUCCGUGGAGUUGGGCAAUGUCCUUCCUUCCUGACUCGUAUCUAUCAUUGAUUUGUUGUGAAUACUUUAAACCCACCCCAACUACUGAGUGGAAGCAAAUUCUACAUUUCUAUUGGAGACUCCGCUUGCAAGAUUUAAAACGAGAUUAGAAGUACAUUAGAAGGCUUGUUAUCAGGAUUUAAAGCUAUAUUUCAGUUAGUGAGAAUUUGAAACAGAAUUGAAAAUUGUGGCGAAAUGUAAAAAAAAUGCCUUGACACACAAAAAAUCAAUAUGUGCCUGUGACCAUAAGGAUUUUGUUGUGGAAGACGGCAAAGGAAAGAAGGUACAACUAAGCGUGCAAGUACUGUCGAGUUACUAUUAUUGUACAGAAAAAAAACACUCAAACAUUUUGGAAAAUAACUGAAAACAAUAAUUUCCUACAGUAUAUAAAAAAAGAAGCCCCGAAAAAAAAUAUUUACAUAAAACUUGAAAAUAGCUAAAAAAAAAAAAAAAAAAGCGCCAAAAAAUGAAAUGAAUAAAAAAUUAAAAACAGAAGCCCUAAUUAUAAUGUAUCAGGUAUUCCAGUAUAUUAAUUGUAUUAUUUACAUAAAGUUUACAUAAUUCCCAAUUAUUCCUUCUCUUAAUAUUUUUGGAGCCCACUGUACACGAGUCAUUUAAAUCUAGUCGAUACCCGUUUGAGAUUUCUCAUUAAAAUGUUUGUAAUCUGAGGAUAUUUGUUUCACAGGCUCCAGACCUGCAGUUACAGGAAGGCUUUCAAACCCCCUUGUCAGUGCUGCUCUUCGGGGUGAUUUGAUCAACUUGUACCUUGCUGGGAUGGGAUGGAUUUAUUUUUACAGCAUUUUUGUGUGCAAUCCUGGUAUAACCACAGAUAGGUGGUUGAUGCAACCCAGUGUGAUUCCUCAGUGGUGCAAAAUGCUCUUAAAAAAUCUGACUGUGGCUUAUCCCAGCAGGUCAUACGUUGAUCGAAUCAGCCUCUUGGCCUUAUUCAGUAAUAACCCUUUCACUUAUGUAUUUUUAAACUCAAAAUGUGUUUCCCUCAAUUGUCAAAACUCAAAAAACGGAUUUGUGUGCCCCAAUCAUGAUUUGCAGAUAUAUAAAUAAUAAGAACAGAGCCCCCUUUUAUAUUACUCUUAAAUUCAAAAUAGAACUAUGCAUAUUUAUGAAACUGUAUUUCACCGAAUACAUGUACAACUUGUGCUAGCCUUUGAGCUACAUUAUCAUAUUGGGCCCAAUAUUAAUUCUAGUUUUAUGUAUAUAAAUGUAUGAAAUUGAAAGGGAGGGUGGGGAGUCAAUUCUUUUGUGGUACUGCCAGAUGAGAAUACGAUUUAACUGUUUAAUUUUCCAGAAGGUUCUUUUAUUAACCUUUUUAUAUUCAUUUUAAUGUGUUAAAAUGCAUGUACAGUAAUGCUUUGUGCUGCAAAUCUGUAAAAGAUCUGCAUACAAUUUUAACACUCAUGUUUUUAAAGAGAUUUUUAAUACAUAUUUGAUAGCAUUAUUUAAUAAUAAUACAAACAGGAAAACAAAUGUUUGUAAAAACUGGACUUGCUCAACAUUAUCAAAUUUGUAUUUGACAAAUCUGCAUUUCCUGCUGCAGGUUUGAUAUUAUUUGUCUCAUUAAAGCUUUGCAUAAAAAAUA